AUGAGCACCUUCGGCGCGCUUUUCCGCGUCACGACGUACGGAGAGUCGCACUGCGCCUCUGUCGGAGCGAUCAUCGAUGGCUGCCCUCCUGGCAUGCCCCUCACGGACGAGGACAUCCAGCCGCAGAUGACCCGCCGACGCCCUGGACAGAGCAACCUCACCACUCCUCGCAAUGAAGCCGACGCCGUCCAGAUCCAGUCGGGUGUCGAGGCAGGCGUGACUCUCGGUACUCCCAUCGGCCUCCUCGUCCGCAACAAGGACCAGCGCCCUCACGACUACACCGAGACGGACCACUACCCUCGACCCAGCCACGCCGACUGGACCUACCUUCUCAAGUACGGCUUGAAGGCGAGCAGCGGAGGUGGACGGAGUAGUGCACGCGAGACUAUCGGGCGUGUCGCUGCGGGUACGAUCGCCGAGCGCUACCUCAAGCUCGCCUACGGUGUCGAGAUCGUCGCCUUCGUCUCCUCGGUCGGAAAGGUUCACAUGCCCGAAUCCAGCACCGACAGCGACCUGCUGAGCGAAGACUACCUCAAGCUCUUGAGCACGAUCACCCGCGAAAAGGUCGACGAGAACACGAUUCGAUGCCCGCAUGCUGAGACGGCUCAGGCGAUGGAGGAGCGGAUUAUGGCGGCAAAGGCGAAGAACGACUCCAUCGGCGGCACCGUCACCUGCGUUAUCCGCCGCUCUCCCGUUGGCCUUGGCGAGCCGGUCUUCGACAAGCUUGAGGCUAAGCUCGCGCACGCCAUGCUCUCCAUUCCUGCGACCAAGGGCUUCGAGAUCGGCUCGGGCUUCAAGGGUACUGAGGUGCCCGGAUCGGAGCACAACGAUGCGUUCGUCAAGAAGGCGGACGGCAGUUUGGGCACCAAGACAAACAGGAGCGGCGGUAUCCAGGGAGGCAUCACGAACGGCGAGGACAUCUACUUCAAGAUUGCCUUCAAGUCGCCCGCAACCAUCUCGCAAGAGCAGGCGACGGCCAAGUACGACGGCGAGAGUGGCGUGCUCGCAACUCGCGGUCGCCACGACCCUUGCGUCGUUCCUCGCGCCGUUCCUAUCGUCGAGGCCAUGGCCGCUCUCGUCAUCAUGGACGCCGUCCUCAUCCAAAACGCCCGCCAGACCGCCGCCUCCCUCCUCCCGCCUCUGGAGACUCCUCUGCCACCCUCUAUGUCUCUGCCGCCGAAGAAGGUCGAGGAGAAGAUGGUCAAGGAGAUCGUUCAGGAGCAGCAGGCGUAG